GAAGGGAUGAAACAGAAACAGAGUAUGUUUAUUUACGCUAAUUAUCAGAAUUACAUUAUUUUCUUGCCAUACGUGUCUAGAAAAACAAUAUUAUUCUCUAAUAUGAAUGUUGGAAUCUCAUUUCCUUGCCACCCACGCUCCCUCUGCACUUCCACACAAAGUCAAAAGACAGCUGAUUGCUUUGCGAUGAUCCUUGAUGUCCGCGUGCUGCACAUGACUAACUGGGGAGCGAUGCUAUCUAUAUUCCCUAUUCAUAUUUAAUUCUCUAUUGCAACUGAUAUUACACAUUCAAAGUUCAUUCCCAAGCCCAUUAAUAAUGAAUCGCUCACAUCUAUCAUGCAUUCUUAAUAACAGGGCAGAAUUAGAAGUUGGCGGUACUCAACCACAUAUUUCAUUCUAUUAUUACUCAUCACGUUAAUUAGCAUAAGGGCAAUUGGCUGACACUAAUGAACGUGCUUGUUUGAGUGCAAUGAACAAAAAGGUUAACACGCAUGCUCUCAUUAGCCUUAUGAACAUCAUCGAGGAGAAAGUGAGUAUAAGACGCCACUGCGUGCACAAAAACAGCUCAUUUGUGACAAACAGAAGACAGUCGUCAUAAAAUAUGGAGUUUCUUCCAGAAUAGUAUCUAUUUAUAGACGAGCAUAUCAAAACAGCGCAGCGAUGGAGCCUGGCCAGUGCAUUUCAAAUGCACCGUGAACUCUUCUUCCACAUGUUCUGAUGACGUGGGCCUGUUGCAUCACGACGACGACAUCAGAGGGAAUAUUUUUAGCUCUCGCUGAAUGAGCAAGUGUGACACACGCUGCCCUCCCUGCGCAGGCAUAACAAUGUCUUUGAAUCUCGAGCGAUGGAGGCGAAGAUAAAUGCAUUCAGAGGUAAAUUGAGGGGGUGGAGCAGGGGUGAAAGCUGGAGAGACGGGGCCCCGUUUCCUAUCGGGGAGUUGCUCUGUGCAGCUGGCCAGGAUUAAGACGCUGACGGCCCAGUCACAGCUCUGAGUCAUCGUGGAGCCCGCUAGCCAACAGAGGAGCCUAGAGGGGAAACACACAACUAUUCUAACCAGCCGUUCUGCGGCCCACCUCCUGCUCUGACGCAGCGUCCAGCAGGGAUAUACAGUAUCGACCUUGGUGGGGUGAAAGCCGCAGCCCAGUAAACACAGAGUGUUGGGAAGAGCAACGAUGAACGUGACAGAAGUCUACGUGGGAAUAGCCAACAUCUACACCCAGGGAAACGUGUCUGGUAAUGGCAGCAUGGGCGUCCUGAGCAUCCCCUCCUCCCUAAACAAAGUCAUCAAUAUAUUCACCGUCGUCAUCCUCUUCAUCACCAUGAUUUCCCUUGGCUGUACCAUGGAGAUCUCCAAAAUCAAGACCCAUCUCUUCCAGCCGAAAGGAGUAGCAAUCGCCCUGCUGGCCCAGUUCGGCAUCAUGCCCCUGACCGCUUUCUCUCUCGCCAAAACGCUCCAGAUGGACCCCGUCAAGGCGGUCACGGUGCUCAUCUGUGGCUGCUGUCCAGGGGGAAGCUUAUCAAACAUUUUCUCCCUGGCCAUAAAGGGUGACAUGAACCUGAGCAUCGUGAUGACCACUUGCUCCUGUAUCGCGGCACUGGUUCUGAUGCCUUUGCUGCUCUACAUCUACUCCCAAGGCUUCCCCGGUCUGGAAAACGCCGUUCCAUACGUCGGCAUCGUCUCUGCUCUCGCGUCCACCUUGGUGCCCUGUGCCGUCGGCAUUGCCAUUAAUCACUACAAACCAAACUACUCAUCGGUGGUCAAAAAAGCUGGCCUCAGCAUCCUGAUAAUCUCUGGCAUCAUCGUGUUCAGCCUGUCUGGCUUCGUCGUCAAAGACAUUCUAUGGAUGGUCCUCACACCUGAUGUUCUGGCCGUGGCUGCACUGAUGCCGCUGAUUGGCUUCAUGCUGGGAUAUAUCAUGUCUGUCGUAUGCAGACUCAGCCCACAAUGCAGCAGGACAGUCUCCAUGGAAACAGGAUGUCAAAAUAUCCAGUUGUGCAUUACCAUCCUAAAAGUGGCCUUUUCCCCUGAAGUGAUCGGCCCCAUGUUUCUCUUCCCUCUGAUAUACUACACAUUCCAGUGUACAGAGGCCCUGAUCCUGACCCUGAGCUUCAGAUGUUACCAAGCAUUCAAGCCCCCAGCUGAGGGCGGCGUGGACAUUAAACAAGAGGAGAAACAGCCGUGACUGUUGCACAGAUGAAACUCCAGAGCUGGAGAGGGAAACCGAGAGGAGCUGCACCCAUCGUCUGCAUAUUCUUCACUUCGUUCCUGUGACACCAUGACUGUUAAAGCAAACUAAUACCGUUAUUGUUUUUUAUUUAAUCAAUUCCAUGCAAUGUUACUGUUACUACGGGUAGUGCCUGCUAGACAAUGAUGAAGAAUAUUUCCAUUUUGUAUUUAUAUUUUUGAAAAUCUUGUGUUAUAUUGAAAUUUGCUCAUUGUAUGACUGACACUUUGAGAAUUAAUGAGUUUAUAAAAUAAAUCGACGUGCCACUUUU